AAGACAAGAGAAAGCAUCCAGACGGUCGAACAGAGGAUAACAACCAUCCUUGCCGCAUUAGAAAGGAAAAUGGGAAAGAUCAAAGACUAUCUCGCUUCGUCAGUGUCGGUGGUGACUUCUAGUAAAACCGAUUGGAUGGGAGAGGAUCCGUGUAUUGUUGAUAUUGAGUUGGCAUCGAAGCAGACUUCCCUUGACGUCAAGUUCAAGGCAGGCUUGGGUCGGUGUCUGAUGGCUGAUCGAUAUAUCUCAUGGGAGAAAGAAACCUCCAGACCUUCCCGGGUACAGGCAUUGACGGCUGAUCUGUCUUCAUCCGACCGACAAUUCCACGUCGAGAAAUACGUCGCUACCAAUCCGCAGUACAAAAAUAGGGAAACGGCUCGGAAAGCGAUCCAGCAUGGCAUCAAACAUCGGGUAUUUGAAGAGUUAUAUGGCAAUCCUGGCGCUUCAAUCCUGUUUUUCUUUGUCUACUCCCUAUUUCGUGAUUUGCCCUAUCCAGCCCUUCCUCUCUUGUCAGAGAGACUGAAACAGUCCAAGGGCUUGUGUGACUUGGCCGCUGACAGGUCUAAGUGGGUCCAAGAAUGUAAACGUUUAUACAAAGGU